UCAGUAAUUGGUGAAACUCGACACCGGCGGCUUGGCAGCAGAGCGAGUCCAGACACAGGCUGGGUCUGAAGCUGCAGCUCCGCGCUGCUGCUCUCACUCAACACGGAGCCAGCGGUACAACCAGCAGCAGCACAGCCCCGCUCAGCACCGCCUCACCCGGCUCUCAGCGCGGACAGACAGCCGGGCUGCGCUCCCGCCCCGGUUCUCCUCUUAUUUCUCUCCUGUCCUCCUCAGCGCUGUGAGGGAACCGUCAGCUCGAGUUUACCGUCUCUCUGAAGCGUUUACAGGAGGUUUUCCUGCGCGGGUCCAGCAUGAGGAGGGUGUGAGUGAGAGUGGGAAUGAAGACCGUGUGAAAUGGAGCGGUGAGCCGGUCUGUGGAGCCGCUGCGCUUUCUCUCAGUGUUCACUCAGACCUCUGGCUGCCCGGACCAAAUGCAUACAAAUGCAUUUAGGAGCCCAACGGACCAGGAGGGGACACACUGCUCCCACGGCCAAACCGAGAGCCCUCCUUCUGCUCCUGUCAGUAUGUGCCACUGUGCUGUUCGCAGAAGAGCAUUCACAGAGCCAAGGUGUAGAUCUUAUUCUCCAGCUGGGCCUGUCCAGUCUCAGAGAUGCCGGACACUCAUCCUGGGUGAGCUCUUCCACAGACUCUCCGUCCCUCGUUCCCUUACUCCCUGUCCUCUCUUUCUCAAUCCUGCCCCCUGGGGUUGGGGUGACUCUGGGGCAAGACACCGUCAUUGAGGCGCCUGUGGCGGGUCUUCUCCCGGCAGGUGUGGAGGAGGAAUUCUCCCUUAUAGUGAGUCUCAUCUCAGAGCGAGCCAGGAAUGCCUUCCUGUUCAGUGUGUGGGACAGUGCCGACCGGCUGCAGUUCGGCUUGCAGCUGCUGCCCGGUCGGGUGGUGGUGUACACCGGCGAGAAGGCGUCUGUCUACUUUAACUACGAGGCCCAGGACGGACGGUGGCACUCGUUUGCAGUUGGGGUGCGCCCACGUUCUGUGUCCUUCUACGCCCACUGCGGGGGCCUACAAUACAGCGAGGAGACGCUCACCAGACCACGAAGUGUGGGCUUAGACGGACGGGUGGCCGUCGGGAGGAUGAGCUCCAGAGCACCGCAGUUCGAAGGCUCUUUGUGCCAGCUGGAGAUCUAUCCAUCAGCGCAGGUCGCGACGCAUUACUGCGACUAUGUUAAAAAACACUGCAGACUGGCAGACACUUUCCGAUCGCACUUGACAGCAAGCCCCAUGUCCCUGUUCCCCUCAGCAUCCCCCUCUGUAGCAUCCCCCUCUGUAUCAUCCCCCUCUGUAUUAUCACCCAAUGUAGUGUCCCCCUCUGCAGCAUCCCCUGCGACAACCCCUGCUGCAUCUUCUGCCCCUUUAGAAUCACAGACACCAAACUCAGCCAAACUUUUAGCGAAGGUCACCAGUCCCAGUCUAGGCACUCUUUUAGAUCAGUUUCCCUCAACAGGGGUUUCUUUUUGGGAUAAGUUGAGCGCCAGAACUAUUAGGCCUGCCAGUUCACCUUCAAAUCGAUUACAGGAUCUUACACCAAGGACUACCACCACCAUGCUUUUACACGAGGGAGAACAUCAAGGCGAGAAUGACACAGAGGAUCAUCAGCGGUUACCAGCAAGACCCCGUGCUACUCGGGCUACCCCAGACCUGAUACCUCUUCACAGGCAGAGCCGUACCAAAGAGUCUGGUGUGAGGAACACCAGUGGUCCACAACAGCCCAGCGAUGAUCUGAUCGAGACCCAGCUGAAAGUGAACGGGGCGACGUUGUACAGGCAACCCCACCACCACCACAGUCAUCAGGAACACUCGCCAGAGGACGAUGAGGAACAACCAUACGACCCAGGAGAUUCGGAUGGAUACGGAUACGACUAUGGAUUAGAGGAAGGAGACUAUUUCCUUGAAUACGACAGCUCUGAUGGUCUGAAAGGGGAUCCAGGUCCUCCGGGUCCUCCGGGUCCCCCCGGUCUCCCCGGGCCCCCUGGAAAGAGAGGCUCACGGGGUCCUCCUGGUCCUCAUGGGAAUCCUGGCCCACCUGGAUUACCUGGUCCCAAGGGUGCGAAGGGUGAUCCUGGACUGUCUCCUGGUCAGGCACCAAAAGGAGAAAAGGGUGAACGAGGACCCCCAGGUUUAAUAGGCCCCAACGGUGUUGCAGGACCUGCGGGUCCCAAAGGCUAUCCAGGUCCACCAGGUCUGCCAGGAGAACAGGGUUUGCCGGGAUUUCCGGGCGUGGUCGGGGCGGCAGGUUACCCUGGCAGGCAGGGACUGGCAGGCCCAGAGGGAAACCCAGGCCCUAAAGGUGUCAAUGGUUUUAUCGGACCUCCAGGUGUAGCAGGACCACCGGGUCUGGAGGGAGAAAGAGGGAUUCCAGGACCUGUGGGGAAGAAGGGUCCCAAAGGGAGACAGGGUGUGGUCGGGGAUGGCGGGGAGAGGGGUCCUCCUGGGCCGGACGGGAAUGAGGGACCUGUUGGACCAAUGGGCAUUGGUGGUUUCCCUGGCCUCAGAGGUGAGGCUGGGCUGGAGGGACCUCGCGGACUGCCUGGCAUUGUCGGAGCUCAGGGCCUGGCGGGAGGGGUGGGGCCACCUGGAUUGAAAGGUGAUAAGGGAGAACCUGGAUUGAGAGGAGAGCCAGGAGAAUAUGGAUACCAGGGUGAUAAGGGGGCUGCUGGUGUACCAGGACCACCCGGCCCACGUGGAAAACCUGGACCCGCGGGAAAAACGGGGGAUCGUGGCGCUCCAGGACCACCAGGUCCACCAGGACCUGAGGGAUUUCCUGGAGACAUUGGCGUUCCCGGCCCCAACGGCCCUCCCGGACCUAAGGGUAACCAAGGAGCGAGGGGACCUCAGGGGCCUCCAGGGCCAAAAGGAACAGAGGGAGAUGAAGGCCCUUUAGGUCCUCCUGGCAAACCUGGACCCACUGGCAGACCUGGAAGGAAAGGGUAUCUAGGAGAGGCGGGGCCUGAAGGACCAAAGGGUGAGGUUGGAGACCCCGGGAACGUUGGAAAGAGCGGCCCUCCAGGAGCUGCAGGACUAAUUGGACCUAUUGGUGCCACUGGCCCACCUGGGGAAAAGGGUGAUCGUGGUCCUGCAGGCCCUUCAGGUCCACCUGGGGAGAAGGGUUCAGUGGGCUACCCAGGUUUGCCGGGAGGUCCAGGUGAAUUGGGUCCACUGGGUCCACCUGGUCCACAGGGUCCAAGGGGUGCUGCCGGGGUUUCUGGGCCUAAAGGAAGAAGGGGGCCGAGAGGACCUGACGGACCUGCGGGAGAGCCGGGACCAGAGGGUGGCAAGGGGGAGAAGGGUGAAGCCGGGAAGAAAGGAGAUCCUGGUUUUAUAGGUAAAGCUGGAGGUCCAGGGAAGAGAGGCAAUCCAGGACCACCGGGUGUAUCAGGUCCUCCUGGCAGUACUGGUGAGAAAGGGCCACAUGGUGAGCCUGGGGCUAAAGGGCCUGCGGGGGACCCGGGACCAGAUGGAGAGCAAGGACCUGAGGGGCCUCCAGGAUCUGAAGGAGAGCAGGGGCCUGCUGGAGAACCUGGAGCCAAGGGUGAAGCAGGGCCAGUGGGUGCAGAAGGGGAGCAAGGACAGCAGGGCUUAAGGGGGCUUCCAGGUCCAGCAGGAGAAGACGGACCUCAGGGAAAGGACGGACCAAAGGGUGAACCUGGUGACCGUGGGCCAAUAGGAGAGCCUGGAGAACGGGGAGAAAUCGGUGACCCUGGAUCCCCAGGACCUGCCGGAGAGCCUGGUGUGAAAGGAUUUCCGGGACCGGAGGGGAAACAGGGGCUACCUGGCAACCGUGGCCGUCAUGGAAAGAAGGGUGAGCGAGGUCCCCCAGGUCAGCCGGGCGAGCCGGGGUCUCCUGGGGAAAUCGGACAGACUGGAGAGAGAGGACUGAAAGGAGCUCGCGGGACCAGAGGACCACAGGGUCAACCAGGAGUUAUGGGGCCUCAGGGGGAGCCAGGAAUGGAGGGGUACACCGGUCACAUUGGAAAGCCUGGUCCAUCUGGACCCCCAGGACCUAAAGGUGAAAAGGGUUACCCAGGAGAGGACAGCAAGACUCCAGGACCCCCGGGGCCCUUAGGUGAACCAGGUCCUCCAGGUGAGAGAGGGGAGCGAGGAGAACCAGGGAACGACGGCUAUCCGGGUCACAUUGGGAUUCCUGGUGCUCGAGGGUCAGCAGGUCAGCAGGGGCUUCCGGGAUCUCCUGGAGAGCUCGGAGAGGCCGGACACAAAGGGGAGAAAGGAACUCCGGGACUGCUGGGAAAAAAAGGUGCUCGAGGGCUGACAGGUUCACCUGGAUUGGAGGGACCUGCUGGUUUGCCAGGGCCAAAAGGCAUGAUGGGAUACCCAGGGCCUGAUGGUCCUCCCGGUUCACAAGGAUUACCAGGGCCGCCUGGUCUAAUUGGACGCACAGGUCAGCGUGGGGCUCCAGGUUCAGAGGGGAGGGCGGGGCUUCCUGGGCUUCGUGGCGAGCUCGGGCAGCCCGGUCCAAUCGGAGACGGAGGACCGGCUGGAGCACAGGGUGAGAGGGGUCUGCCAGGUGAGAGAGGGCCAGUGGGGGCCAAGGGAUUGGAAGGAAGUUCCGGAGACCAGGGCAAGAAGGGAGAGUCUGGUGCCAAAGGACAACCGGGUGAAGCUGGAGAUCCAGGAAUUCUGGGACUGCAGGGUUUCCCAGGACCGAAGGGGCCGAAUGGAGAUUUGGGCUUUAAAGGCAUUCCUGGACCCAAAGGUCCUGUCGGCAUACUGGGUUUUACAGGUCCUGUUGGUCCAGGUGGAAUGAUUGGUCCAGACGGGGGACCUGGUCCUCGAGGUUCAAAAGGAGAAACUGGAGAAAUGGGCCCUCAGGGACCCCCUGGUAGUCCGGGACCGAGGGGUCCUCCCGGUGCUCCAGGUCCAUCGAGACGUGUGCGUGUGAAAGCUGCCAUGAAGGCCGCAAUGCAGUAUGACACACCCCUGCAGGAGGGCUACCAGAACACUGAGGUUUCUGUGGAGGAGCAGAGCUCGGAGGUGUUCCGGACUCUACGUUAUCUCAGCAGUGUGAUCUCCAACAUCAGAACUCCAGUGGGCACUCGCCAAAAUCCCGCCCGCCUCUGCAAGGACCUGCUGCACUGCCAGGAUAAAAUGGCUGAUGGAAUGUUCUGGAUCGAUCCGAACCUGGGCUGUACGUCUGAUGCCAUCCAGGUGUUCUGUAACUUCACAGCUGGAGGCCAAACCUGCAUCCAUCCGCUCUCCAAAGACAAGGUGGCGUUUGGAGUGAGUAAGGUUCAGAUGAAGUUUCUGCACUUGCUGAGCGUCAGCGCCUCUCAGACCGUCUCCCUCCACUGCUACAGCGACCCAGACACCAUCGGCUCAGGCCAGCCCGGGACUGCACGAUUCCAGGGCUGGAACGGGCAGGCGUUCCAGAACGGCUCUUCACUCCAGCCUUACGUUCUACAGGACGACUGCCAGGUUCGUGAUGGCCGCUGGCAGCAGUCUCGCUUCCUCCUCCAGGCUGAGGACCCUGCUCAGCUCCCUAUCGUGAACAUCCAGGGCCUCCAGCCACAUCAAGCUGGUGACCAGCGCCACCUGGAGGUGGGCCCAGUCUGUUUCCUGUGAGCCGCCCACGAAAUAAAUCACUGAAGGACUUGCGUUCCCCGACGGCCGCUCCCAAAGUACGGCCACAGAGGACCGAGGUGCUCCUCCCCUCAGGAUGCAGAGGGUCACCCUGUGGGGGGUUGUGGAAGCCUGACCGGGGCAGGGAGAUCCCCGGGUUUGAGUGACAGCUGACUUGUCCAGAAAAGCACAAGUCGUGCAGAGCUCGCUCUAAAAGAGUGCUAGACAGAGGUAGAACUGUGUGCCAGCAUUUACUGGGGAAAACGGCUUUCUGCCUGUGUCGAUUCGGUGCUGAUGCUGGGCUGUGUUCACACUAGGCAGUCUGGUCUAGACCAAUCAGGUUGUAGCUUAGCCAGCCAGUGAGAACUUCCAAGAACAGAUCAUGGUUUUAUAUCUCUACUGUUUAAGAGCCACAGCCAGAGUAAUGCUGUGUAAUGUACCUCUGUUCAUUUAUUAUUAUAAAUAAACAAUAAUAAUAAUAAUAAUAAUACAUUUAUAAUAAUGCGUUUAUUUUAGAUAACUAGCUAAGCUAGUGAUUCUAUCAGAUCAAGGGCAGAAUCCUCUGAUAACAGGGUUGUAAUGGUUAAAAUGUACCACACCACAACACUUUAAACACUUUUGGUUUUAUAUUAUUAUAAAAAGGCUUACUGACUGCUUUAAAAAAAACUAGAUUGAAAUUCUGAAAAUCCAGUGCCUAGUGUGAACACAGCCUUUAUAGAGUCCAAGAGUCAAGAGUCUUUCAAACCAGUGUUUUUUUUUUUUUUUACAUUAAUUAUAACCUGUAACAAUUGUGUAAUUGUGAUUUUAUUGGCUAAUUCACAAACAUAUUCCAGUCCUGGCCCUGAUUGGAUAAAACCCAAGACCCUAAUACCCAGUUAUAUAGCUCCUUCCACUAAAUCAGUGGAUCCUGUAAACCUGUAAUUAAAGAUCUUGUCACUGGACAGUAGUAGCUUCCCCAUCCUGGAGUUACCCUACACUGCACUGUUCUGCCUUUAUUCACCACUGCUCUCUAACUACAAUACCCAGAAUGCAUUUAGCAAAAUUUUGCUCAGCCAAUUACCCAACCCACUCAUUAGCACUCCCCCUUAUCACUACUAAUGUCCCAACACACCAGGAGGGUGAAGACUAACACAUGUUUCCUCCGAUACAUGUAAAAAAAACAGCAUUGCUGAGUAGCAGCCAGCGCGUUUGGAGGAAAGCGCAGCGACUCGGUUCUGAUACAACAGCUCACAGAUGCCCUGUGCUGCAGACAUCACUCGUUAGUGAUGUGGGGAGAGAGCGCCAUCUACCCACCCGGAGGGAGCAAGGCCAUUUUGCUCCCUCUGCGUGCCGGUAAGCUGCAUGAGUGGGGGUUAGAACCUGCGACCUCCUGCUCGUAGUGGCAGCGCUUUAGACCACUGGACCACUUGUCGCCUGCAUUUGGCUGCUUCUUAGCAAUAACAUAAAACAAAUCUAAAACCCAAAUAAAUUAAAAUCAAUGGUCGAGAAAAGUGCCUUAAUUAAUUAAAGUGUAAUUAAGUCUAUAAAACUUUAGAAAAAAACCCAAAUAAAAGUAAAUUUAGUAUUCAGCAGGUAUUUUAACUCUAUAUAAAAUUAGAAUAAACCCAUAUAAGCAUGCAGUCAUUGUUUUUUUUUUAAUGUUAACUGCGGGUUUACAGUUAAACACACAUACUAUGUAAGUGACUGGGCAGUGUUUGGUAACUCCAGAUAUGAUUACUGGGAAACACGUCACUGAACCAGUGCUAAGAGUGCAAUAUCCUGUGGGUGGAGCUUGUAAAUGUAUUUUACUGCAGGUUUUCCUUUCAACAGUCGCUCUUACAGAGUGAAGCAAGGCUCAGUCUGGACUCGUCUGUCUCUACAGAUGGUGCUCUACCUCCUACAGGUCCCGCCUGCGAGGGGCGGCCGCCUGUGCCCGGCCGUUUGUGUGUACUGGCUAUACCAGAGCCACGCCUACCAUGAGGGUGCUAUUGUUCUAAUCGGUCCUUAAAUCCAUUCAGAACCUUAUUUAUAUGUAAUUUUAAUAUUGUGUCAAUACAUUGUUUUUUUGAUUAGCUUUAUUUACAGUUUUAUGAACUUUGCUGCCCUUCCAGAUCAGACAGAUGCAGUUCAUCGCCGCCAGUAGAAUUAGUAUUUUGGUUUAUUGCAGGUUGUGAUUUAUUGUCUAAUCUCAGCGUCAGUUUGAGGAUGGUUGUGAUGUGAAAUAAACAAAAGCCAUCAUUUUCCAAAUGUCACAUGUGAUGCCUAUUGAAUAUUUCAUAAGGGUUUAAUAAUAAAACCCAUUAUUUCAGCGUUACAUCCUACAGCGUUACAACGAAACUUGAAGUUCUGACACCUAAAGUCUGUUCAGCAUCAUUACAUCAGCUAUGGAUGUACCAAACAUGCUGCAACCAUCAUUAGAUGCUGAGCUGGUUUUUUUUUUUUUUUUUUUUAAUUGGAUUUUUUAAAUGUUUAAUUUUUUUAACAUUGUUGCUUGGUGUAAAUCCAACAUUGGGUUUUUAGGUAAAUCAGAUUUAAACUAUUAAUUCAAAUGAAAAUAUAACAUCAAAUUGACGUCCAGUUCCUGCUGGUUAAGCAAUAUUUUGUAGUUAACGUGAAAAAAUUAAAUUCAGCCGGAGAUAAUUUGGAAAUAUCUGUAUGUGACUUCUCUGGAAGGGUCAGGUUCUCCUCCGUGGUGCUGCGCUCGACACAGCUAGUUAAUCAUUUACUUUAUUUUUUUUUUUGCCUGUGUAUAUUUUGACAAUAUAGUGUUUGUUUAUUUAUAUUAUCUUUUGUUCUUCUCCAAGUGGCUGUACUCCCAUAAAUUAUAAUACUAUCUCUGUCAGAGAUCUAUCUGCUCAAUUAAACAUUUAGCCCAAAUGAUUAUUUAUGUAAAAAAAAAAACGUUGAAAUAAAUUGUAUGUAUAUAUAUAUAUAUAUAUUCUCACAGGGGUUUGUUUGAUAAUGUACUGUUGUGCGCUGGCAGCUAAGCGAAGGCCAGAUUCAGACCGUGUUUCUCACAGCUUCCACCGUUUAACUUAUACUGCAGUGAAAAGACUGUAGGAGCAUUGUGCCAGAAGUGUAAAUAUACAUUAAAUAAAUCUGUUUUAAUCCCA